CUCGGUCGUUGGCACAUUCAUUACGUUUUCGUUAACGGCGCGAGGCGGUUGUGUUUUUUAUUCGACGGGCGCAUGAGGUUCUCGGUUGUCUAAUUUAAAAAAAACUUGUUUUCGUUUUACAUUCAAAGAACGAACCUCCCAUAUAUGUAAACGAUACGUAAUUGCAGGCUCGCACUUUAUAUAGGCAUUGGUACUGAGAGAUACAACAGCACAACAACAUGUCGGUCAAUCAAACGAACUCGAUUCUGGUGUUUUUUGUGAAUGGAAAAAAGGUUACCGAAGUGAGACCGGAUCCGGAAUGCACUCUCCUCACGUAUUUGCGGGAAAAGCUGCGGCUGUGUGGCACCAAGUUGGGAUGUGCGGAGGGCGGAUGCGGUGCCUGCACCGUGAUGGUUUCCCGCCUGGACAGACGGGCCAAUAAAAUCCGUCACCUGGCGGUUAACGCCUGUCUCACUCCGGUUUGUGCCAUGCACGGAUGUGCGGUGACCACGGUGGAGGGCAUUGGGAGCACCAAGACCCGUUUGCAUCCCGUCCAGGAGCGAUUGGCCAAGGCCCAUGGAUCCCAGUGCGGUUUCUGCACUCCUGGUAUUGUGAUGUCCAUGUAUGCUCUCCUGCGGAAUGCGGAGCAACCCUCGAUGAGGGAUUUGGAGGUGGCCUUCCAGGGAAACCUCUGCCGCUGCACCGGCUAUCGACCCAUUCUCGAGGGCUACAAGACCUUCACCAAGGAGUUUGCCUGUGGGAUGGGCGAAAAAUGCUGCAAAAUCAGUGGCAAGGGAUGUGGAUCGGAUACCGAUGACAAGCUCUUCGAGCGCAGCGAAUUCCAGCCCUUGGACGCCAGCCAGGAACCCAUCUUUCCGCCGGAACUUCAGUUGAGUGACUCCUUUGAUGCGCAGAGCUUGAUUUUCAGUUCGGGCAGAGUGACCUGGUAUCGUCCCACCAAUCUGGAGGAGCUCCUCCAGUUGAAGGCCCAGCAUCCGGCGGCCAAACUGGUGGUGGGCAACACGGAAGUGGGCGUGGAGGUCAAGUUCAAGCACUUCCUCUACCCGCACCUCAUCAAUCCCACCCAGGUGAAGGAUCUGCUGGAGAUCAGGGAGACCCAGGAGGGCAUUUACUUCGGAUCGGCAGUCAGUUUGAUGGAGAUCGAUGCUUUGCUUCGUCAGAGAAUCGAAGAGUUGCCGGAAUCGGAAACGAGACUCUUUCAGUGCACCGUGGACAUGCUUCACUACUUUGCCGGCAAGCAGAUCCGCAAUGUCGCCUGUUUGGGUGGCAAUAUCAUGACUGGUAGUCCCAUUUCCGAUAUGAAUCCCGUGCUCUCGGCGGCAGGAGCUCAACUGGAUGUGGCCAGUUUUGUGGAUGGCAAGAUUCAGCGGAGAACGGUGCACAUGGGAACUGGUUUUUUCACUGGUUACCGAAGGAAUGUCAUUGAAGCGCAUGAGGUUCUGCUGGGCAUCCACUUCAAGAAGACCUCUCCGGAUCAAUAUAUCGUGGCUUUCAAGCAGGCGAGAAGAAGGGAUGAUGACAUAGCCAUCGUGAAUGCCGCCAUAAAUGUUCGUUUUAGGGAGAAAUCUAAUGUUGUAGAGGAGAUUUCCAUGGCCUUUGGUGGAAUGGCUCCUACAACUGUACUGGCUCCUCGAACUUCUCAAAUAAUGGCUGGUGAGGAAUGGAAUCAUCAGCUGGUGGAGCAAGUGGCGGAGAGUUUGUGCCAGGAGCUACCUUUGGCCGCCUCUGCUCCCGGUGGCAUGAUCGCCUAUCGAAGGGCGCUCGUAGUUAGCCUCUUUUUCAAGGCCUACCUUUCCAUCACUCUGAAGUUGAGCAAGUCGGGGAUUAUAGCCUCCGAUGCGUUGCCAGCCGAGGAGCGCAGUGGUGCCGAGACCUUCCACACGCCGGUCCUCAAAAGUGCUCAGCUCUUCGAGAGGGUUUGUAGUGACCAACCCACCUGCGAUCCCAUUGGAAGACCCCAAGUUCAUGCAGCUGCUUUGAAACAGGCCACCGGUGAAGCCAUCUACACAGAUGAUAUACCUCGAAUGGAUGGGGAGGUCUACUUGGCUUUUGUACUGAGCACCAAACCAAGGGCCAAGAUCACCAAACUGGAUGCCAGUGAAGCUCUGGCUUUAGAGGGCGUCCAUCAGUUCUUUUCGUACAAGGAUCUAACCGAACAUGAGAACGAAGUGGGUCCUGUUUUCCAUGAUGAGCACGUCUUUGCCGCCGGCGAAGUUCAUUGUUAUGGUCAGAUUGUUGGAGCCAUCGCUGCGGAUAAUAAGGCUUUGGCUCAGAGGGCCUCUCGCCUGGUGAAGGUGGAGUACGAGGAGCUGAGCCCGGUGAUUGUGACCAUUGAACAGGCCAUCGAGCACAAGUCCUACUUUCCGGACUAUCCGCGUUUCGUGACCAAGGGGAAUGUGGAGGAGGCGAUGGCCCAGGCGGAUCACAUCUUCGAGGGCACCUGCCGAAUGGGCGGACAGGAGCACUUCUAUCUGGAAACCCAUGCGGCACUUGCCGUUCCUCGCGAUAGCGAUGAGCUGGAGCUCUUCUGCUCCACCCAACAUCCAUCGGAAGUGCAAAAGCUAGUGGCCCACGUGACCACUCUUCCUUCCCACCGAGUGGUUUGUCGAGCGAAGCGAUUGGGUGGAGGUUUCGGUGGCAAGGAAUCGCGGGGCAUUUCCGUUGCACUCCCAGUGGCACUGGCUGCCUACCGGAUGGGUCGUCCUGUGCGCUGCAUGUUGGAUCGGGACGAGGACAUGCUCAUCACCGGCACCCGCCACCCAUUCCUGUUCAAAUACAAGGUGGGCUUCACCAAGGAGGGUCUGAUCACUGCCUGCGACAUCGAGUGCUACAACAACGCCGGAUGGUCCAUGGAUCUGUCCUUUUCGGUUCUGGAGCGAGCAAUGUAUCACUUUGAGAACUGCUACCGGAUUCCCAACGUGCGCGUGGGCGGAUGGGUGUGCAAGACGAACCUGCCUUCGAACACGGCCUUCCGUGGCUUCGGAGGUCCCCAGGGAAUGUACGCCGGCGAGCACAUUAUCCGGGAUGUGGCCCGGAUAGUGGGACGCGAUGUGGUGGAUGUGAUGCGAUUGAAUUUCUACAAAACAGGCGACUAUACGCACUACCAUCAGCAACUGGAGCACUUCCCCAUCGAGCGGUGUCUGGAUGAUUGCCUAAAGCAGUCGAGGUACGAGGAGAAGCGUUUGGAGAUCGCUCGAUUCAAUCGGGAGAAUCGCUGGAGGAAGCGUGGAAUGGCAGUGGUUCCCACGAAAUAUGGCAUUGCCUUUGGUGUCAUGCACUUGAAUCAAGCUGGUUCCCUGAUCAAUAUCUAUGGAGAUGGUUCAGUGCUGUUGUCCCACGGAGGCGUUGAGAUCGGACAGGGUCUGAACACCAAGAUGAUUCAGUGCGCCGCCAGGGCUUUGGGUAUUCCCCCAGAACUGAUUCACAUCUCGGAGACGGCGACGGAUAAGGUGCCUAAUACUUCUCCCACGGCGGCAAGUGUGGGAUCCGAUCUCAAUGGAAUGGCCGUUCUGGAUGCCUGCGAGAAGCUGAACAAGCGGCUGGCUCCCAUCAAGGAGGCUCUGCCCGGCGGCACGUGGAAGGAGUGGAUCAACAAGGCGUACUUCGAUCGCGUCAGCCUCUCGGCCACCGGAUUCUACGCCAUGCCAGGCAUCGGCUAUCAUCCGGAGACCAAUCCCAAUGCCCGAACCUACAGCUAUUACACGAAUGGCGUGGGCGUCAGUGUGGUGGAGAUCGACUGCCUGACUGGCGACCAUCAGGUGCUCAGCACGGACAUCGUAAUGGAUAUCGGAUCGAGUCUGAAUCCGGCCAUUGACAUUGGACAGAUCGAGGGAGCCUUUAUGCAGGGCUAUGGACUAUUUACGCUGGAGGAGCUUAUGUACUCGCCCCAAGGAAUGCUCUACUCGAGGGGACCGGGCAUGUAUAAGCUGCCAGGAUUCGCCGACAUUCCCGGGGAGUUCAAUGUCAGUCUGCUGACUGGGGCCCCAAAUCCGAGGGCUGUCUACUCCUCCAAGGCCGUUGGGGAACCACCGCUCUUCAUAGGCUCAUCAGCCUUCUUUGCCAUCAAGGAGGCCAUUGCAGCUGCUCGCGAGGAUCAGGGUCUGAGUGGAGACUUCCCACUGGAGGCGCCCUCCACCUCGGCGCGUAUUCGAAUCGCCUGUCAGGAUAAGUUCACCAAUUUGCUUGAUACACCCGAGGCCGGAACUUUCACCCCAUGGAACAUUGUGCCUUAG